AUGGCAGCAAGACGCGAUUUAACACUUGCUGAAAAAGUAGAGUUGAUUCGUAAAAACGAACAAAAUGUACCGUACCGUAAAUUGGCUGGUGAGUACAAAAUCUCGAUCGGAAGUGUUUCAAAUAUUGUUAAGCGCAAAGUUGAGUACAUUGAGAAUUAUGAACAAAAUGAAAACUCAAACAAGAAGCGUAAUCUACGUGAUGAAUUCAGUCAACAACUAGAUCAGAAAGUAUAUGAAUGGUUUGUACAACAACGCAGUAAGAAUAUUCCUAUCUCGGGUCCUCUUUUGCAAGAGCAAGCAAGACAAAUUCGUCAACAACUAGGUGGUUCAAAUGCUGACGAUUUCAAAGCAAGCAAUGGUUGGCUAGAAAAGUUUCGCAAACGUCAUGGUAUACAAUAUCGAACUAUCAAUGGUGAAUCAGCAUCAGUCGAUCCUGCAACUGUUGACGAGUGGAAAAAGCGCCUGGUGGUAAUGAUUGACAAAUAUAAUCCCAAUGAUAUUUAUAAUGCAGACGAAACUGGAUUAUUCUUCAAAGCACUACCAAAUCGUUCGCUUGUUACGGCCAAAGAUUCUUGCAAAGGCGGGAAACGGUCCAAAGAACGUUUUACAGUUUUGCUGUGUACCAAUAUGACAGGUACAGACAAAUUAAAACCGCUUAUGAUCGGUCAACAUCUUGUGAAGCAUGUAAUAUCACGUUGUGCCCUUGCUACAUCACCAGAUGACAUUAUUAUUACUGCUCUUGAUGCCGUAACUUGGACAAAAAAUGCUUGGGAAAGUGUCACUCAAUUAACAAUCCGCAACACAUUUCGUAUGGCAGGCUUCGUUCAUCCAAAUACUCAAGAUACUAUUAGUGGUACAAUCGACAAUGAAAAUGAUACAAAUGAAGAAACUAUUAUUGAUGAUAUUACAACAGCAUUAAAAGAUCUUGAUACUCUUCUUGCUCAUAUUCAUAUUGAUGGACAAAGUCUUUCAGCAAGUGAAUUCGUCGAAAUGGACUUAGAUACACCAACUUUCAAUGAAUGGAAUGAAUCUGACAAUGAUGUAAUCAUUGUCGAUGAAGAAUAUGUCAAUAAAAAACAUAAUAAUAAUGAUCAGGAUGAUGAUAUACUAACUGAAGCACCACCAAAACUCAUCGAUGCAAUGGAAAUGGCUAAAAAGUUACACCUUCUGGCUUCUACUCAAUAUCCAGAAUUACAUUCACUUAUUUCUCAAUUAGAUUCGCAACUGACUCAACUCUUUAUCGAUUCCAAAGGUGCGAAACAAACUAAGAUUGAUGAUUUCUUUUGUAAAAAUUAA